CGGAAGUGCUUCGUCAGGUCAAUGCCUGCAAGGAGUGAGUGCUCUUCGACCUGCGUGAAUCGCAGAGGGAGAAAGGAAGAUGUUCAUCAAGUCGGAAGAGAUGCACCAGCCGCCUGCCAGUCCAGAGGACGGACCUCCUGAGCCGCAGCUGUGGAGCUCCAGUCGGGACCUGGAGGAACCAGAACCUCCAAAUGUGAAAGAGGAAGAUGAGGAGGAAGAUGUCACCAAGGAGUCCUCACGAGAGAGCGAGGAGGAGCCUCCGAGCUGCAGCUCGACUGGACACACCGGAGAUCACGCAGAGCUGGACAGGAACUCUGGCCCGGACUCCGACACCGAUGACAGCGAAGACUGGAAGGAGCCCAAUGAGGCCCAGUCAGUUCCAGACUCGACGAGGCAGGCCAAUGUGGAUGACUUGCAGACCUGCUCUGGCUGUGGGAGAAGAUGUUCCUCCAGGAGAGGACUUGCUCAGCACCAGAAAACCUGCAGGGGAGGAAAACCCAACUCCUGCACUUUUUGUGAGAAGUGCUUCCCUGAUAAAGCAACUCUGGAUCGGCACCUGAGAGUCCACACUGGGGAGAAACCGUUCUCCUGUUCUGAGUGCGGGAAGUCCUUUUCUCAGGGAGGCAACCUGAAGAAACACAUGAUCAGUCAUACAGGAGAAAAACCUUACACUUGCUCUGUAUGCAGAAAAAGCUUCACUCAGGGAAACUACAUGAAGGUUCACAUGAGGACUCACACAGGCGAGAGACCAUUUGCCUGCUCAGUCUGUGGAAAGUCUUUCCCCACCAAGGCCACUCUGGAUCGUCACAUGACCACUCACACCGAGGACAAGCAGUUCUGCUGCUCUGUCUGUGGCAAGUGUUUCAACCAGAGGACAUACCUGAGGACUCACAUGAGAAGCCACACGGGCGAGAAACCUUUCCCCUGCUCCGUCUGCGGGAAAAGUUACUCCCAAAAAACCAAUCUUAAUGUCCAUAUGAGGAGCCACACGGGAGAGAAGCCGUUCUGCUGCCCCGAGUGUGGGAGGUGUUUUUCUGAAAGUGGGGGCCUGAAGGUUCACCUGAGGACCCACUCUGGAGAGAAACCUUUCACUUGCUUGUUUUGCGGGAAACCGUUUACCGAGAGGUCAAGUGUGAAGGCGCACAUGAGGAGUCACACUGGAGAAAAACCCUUCAGCUGCACCGACUGCGGGAAAAGUUUCAGCAAAUCCGGACAUCUGACCAUUCACCGGAGAAUCCACACAGGAGAAAAACCUUUCAGCUGCCUGACAUGUGGGAAAGGCUUCGCUGAGAGAAAAAAACUGAAUCUGCACAUGAGGAGUCACACAGGGGAGAAACCCUUUCAUUGCUCCCAGUGUGGGAAGUCUUUCACUCGGAGGGAGAAUCUCAGGGCACAUGCGAAGAAACACCCAACUGAGUCUGCUGCCCAGGGAAAUGUUUGACUCACGACCAUACUCGCCUGGUGGACGCCAUCCCUGAUCUCUCGCUCAGGACAGACGGUUGGGGCAUUUUGCCCCUUGGCUGUCUGUCAAUUUCUUGGUCUGAUUUCGACUCACCUGGUCGUUUGUCAUGCGUGUCUGCUGUAACAUAAAAAUUAAAGCUGAGC